AUGGUGCUCCGGUCCAACCCAUACCAAGCUGACCUGCUGCGGGAUGGCGUGCGGAGGUACCUGCAGCUGCCAGCAGAGCAGACAGUGCUCAUACUGCAUGCCAAAGUCGCCCAGAAGUCAUAUGGCAACGAGAAAAGGUUUUUUUGCCCCCCACCUUGUGUUUACCUGGGCGGGCCAGGAUGGAAGUUAAAGCAAGAACAGCUAACAGCCAGGGACGUGGGAGAGGCAGGGCUCCGUGUGUGGGGCUACAUGGGGCUGGACACCAUGGGCAGCAGCCUGAUGGAGACACAGAAGCUCAGCUUUGAGGAGCAGCCGGAUGCAAAGGGGUUUGGCUGUGCCAAGGCUCUGUACAUCUCAGAUGCGGAUAAGCGCAAGCAUUUCCGCCUGGUCCUGAAGCUCUUCUUCAGCAACGGGCAAGAGAUUGGCACCUUUCACAGCAAGCUGAUCAAGGUCAUCUCUAAGCCCUCGCAGAAGAAGCAGUCACUGAAGAACACGGACCUGUGCAUUUCCUCAGGCUCCAAAGUGUCCCUCUUCAACCGCCUGCGCUCACAGACCGUCAGCACCCGCUACCUGUCGGUGGAGGGAGGAGCCUUCAUCGCCAGUGCCAGGCAGUGGGCAGCCUUCACUCUCCACCUGGCUGAUGAGCGCUGCACCCAAAGUGAGUUCCCCCUGCGGGAGGGAUACAUCCGCUAUGGCUCUGUGGUCCAGCUCAUCUGCACGGCCACCGGCAUCACUCUGCCACCCCUGAUCAUUCGGAAGGUGAGCAAGCAGUAUGCUAUGCUGGAUGUGGACGAGCCCAUCUCCCAGCUCCACAAGUGUGCCUUCCAGUUCCAGGGCAGCGACCGCAUGUACCUGUGUCUGUCCACAGAGAAAGUCAUCCAGUUCCAGGCAUCGCCAUGUCCAAAGGAAGCCAACCGGGAGCUGCUGAAUGACGGCUCCUGUUGGACCAUCAUUGGCACUGAGACGGUGGAGUACAGCUUCAGUGAGAGCCUGGCCUGUGCUCGUGAGCCUGUCAGCCCUGUGCCACUCAUCACAGCGCUGCAGCUCAGUGGCGGAGGGGAUGUGGCCAUGCUGGAGGUGCAGGGAGAGCAUUUCCAUGCUCACCUCAAGGUCUGGUUCGGGGACGUGGAAGCAGAGACGAUGUACAGGAGUCCCAAAUCCCUGAUGUGUGUCGUCCCUGACAUCUCUGCCUUUGGCAGCGACUGGAGGUGGCUGAGGUAUCCCAUCACUGUCCCACUCCUGCUGGUCAGGGAUGAUGGCCUCAUUUACUCCAGCUCCUUCACCUUCACCUACACCCCGGAGCAGAGCUUCCUUCCAGGGCAGCAGGCCCCUACUGAUGUCCCACAGGACUCAGACACACUGCUCAACAGCAUCCACCAGGAGUUCACCAGGACCAACUUCCACCUCUUCAUGCAGAGCUAGUGAGCUGGGUGGGCAGCAUUCAUUGCCAGCAGCCCUGGGGACAGCAGUGUCCCUGUGCCAUGCUCAAGAGUCCCCUGUACACCUGCUUCGUCGUGACCUGCUGUCUCUUGUAACAGCAGAAUCUCACAUAUGGGCACCAAUAAAUCACACUGCAUGGAUUCUUUACCAAUUCAAUGCUGUUUUACUGGCCCUCGGGUUUUAUCUCCUGUGCUGGCACAGAGCAUCCCAUCUCCCCAAUGUGCCCCUUGUCCGUAUACCCAAAGGCCAUCAGGGACAGGAAUGAUGAAUGGGACCUUAAGUGUUAUUAAUCUAUAGGAGGAAUCUCUGCUCUGCUUCUGCA